ACACUCACAUUCAGUUCAUUUUUUUCAGAUUCCUCACCAAAUUAUUUUUGGGAUAGGCCAGAUAAAGUGGGAUCAACAGCUUCUUUCCCAAAUGGAACUACAUUCAUGAGAGGUCCAGGCCGUGGAACGAAUGCGUUCUUAACUCAUCAGAGACUUAGAAGCCGUGACUUUAUUAAAGAAGGUGGUGUUUAUAUUCUUUUAACAAUGGAAGAUGUAUCACAUCUAGUAUCAGCUCAGCCAAGUGUGUCACCCACCAUUGCUGCAAAUACUUCUGCUGUCAGUACUGUCAGACCUACCUCUAUUGCCACCACCACUACCACCAGGCCCAUUGCCACCACCACUAUCACCAGGCCCACUGCCACCACCACUACCACCAGGCCCAUUGCCACCACCACUACCACAAGGCCCAUUGCCACCACCACUACCACCAGGCCCAUUGCCACCACCACUGCCACCAGGCCCAUUGCCACCACCAGGCCCACCACUACCAGCGAGCCUAUUGCCACCAGCAGGCCCACUGCCACCACCAAGCCCACCAUCACCACCAGACCCACAGAUAGACCUACUGCUACCAAAACACCCAUCACAACACCCCUUGUGACCCUGACUGAAGAGCCAGAGAUGGAUACACCAGAAGCCUGUCCAGACAACCCUUGUGAAAAUGAUGGUGUCUGCAUUAUUGUAGAUAGAAAAGCAGUGUGCAGAUGUCCAGCAGGGAAUAACUGGUGGUACAUGGGGGAAAAAUGUGAAAGGAAAGGCACAACUCAAGAAAAUACCAUAAUAGCUGUUUCUUCAACCAUAACAGUAUUUGUUGUUAUGCUUAUUGUCACUAUCACAACUGUGGUGUUCCUUAAAAAGAAAUACAGCAAAGGAGAAGGAAAACAAAAAGAAAAAGUGGAGAGCCUAACUCUUGAAGAAAAUAAAACAUCCUUCUGAAGAUAAUGCAAUCAAGCAUCAAAGACAUAAAAUGAACAUCACUGGAAAACCAAAACUACGUCAUCAUUCUUCCUGAUACUUUUAUAUCAACUGUCAUGAUAAAGGUUUGUAAAGUCCGGAAAAUAAUGCAUCCCCUCUGAAAAUAUGGUUUAUAAUAAAAUACUGUGCUAACAUAAA